AUGAGGGUCACCAUCGACAAGCCAUCCUUCCACAGCCGCAGCCUUUCUGUGCCGGCACCUCCUACACCUCCUCCUGAAGCAUUGGGCCUCAACCUUCCCGGCUUCGACACCUUCAAGGCCAACUUUGACCUCCCCCUCACACCUGUCACGCCGCCGCCAGAGUACAAGGAGCACCCUUUCUCUCACAACGACCGUGUCCGCGACCUUUCUCCCGUCGUCGACCCCAAUGACCAACCCCUCGUGGCCGUCAUCGGCGUCGGCUACGUCGGCAAUCACCUCGUCGAGUCGUUCUCUGCCCAUUACGACGUCCUCGGCUUCGAUGUGUCAGAGAAGAGAAUCAGCGAGAUCCGUGAGGAGCUCCCAAGCGAACGCAUCCGCUUCACAACCUCCAAGACAGACCUCCACGAGGCCACCCACUUUCUCAUCUCCGUCCCUACUCUUCUCAAGGCGGACAAGUCCAUCGACACCUCCUACCUCCAGUCCGCCAUCGCCACGGUCGCUCAGCACGCACGACCGGGUUCCACCGUCGUAAUAGAGAGCUCCGUCGCAGUAGGCAUGACCCGCAGCCUUCUCGGCCCCGUCGCCACCGCUCACGGCUUCUACGCAGGCAUGUCUCCAGAGCGCGUCGACCCAGGACGCAUCGAGCCCCCCUGCCACGCGAUCCCCAAGAUCGUCUCUGGCCUCGACGACGAGAUCCCCGGGUCGCUGGCCUCCGUCAUGCGCCUCUACAACCAGGUCUUUGAUCGCCUCGUGCCCGUUAGCCGCACAGAGGUCGCCGAGAUGAUGAAGCUCUACGAGAACUGCCAACGCAUGAUGUGCAUCGCCUUCGCCAACGAAAUGGCAGACGCCUGCAUCCCCCAUGGCAUCGACCCCUACGAGGUCGCUGCCGCCGCCGCCUCCAAGCCCUUUGGCUACAUGCCCUACACCCCUUCCCUCGGCGUCGGUGGCCACUGCAUCCCCGUUAACCCGUACUACCUCCUCUCCAACAGCGCUUUCCCCUUGUUGGAAGCCGCCGCCGAGAAGAUGAACGCGCGACCCGCCGCUAUUGCCCGCCGCGCUAUCGAUUCGUUGACGAGAGAUGCCAAAGCUGGAGCUGCCUCGGCUCUAGUACGGCCUCGUGUUCUCGUCGUCGGUGUGGGCUUCAAGGCCGGCCAGUCUGUCCUGAGCAACUCACCGGGUGUUGACCUCGUCAAGGCCUUUGUCCGCUCCGGCGAGGUCGAUGUCAUGUACGCGGAUCCCCUCGUCAAGCAGAGCGCCGUGCCUGUCGCGCCUCGCUUGGCUGAUGAGAAGUGGAACAAGGAGACCCUUGAGACGUUCGACAUGAUUAUCGUCGCUUUCCGUCAACAUGGUUUGGACUUUGGUAUCAUGGACGAGCUUCGUGGCGUCAAAGUUGAAAUGUGGUGCCCGUAA